AUGACAGAUGGAUCAGCUGAUUUGUUAACAGAGCUGAAAGCUUUGCGUGAGGAAAAUAAGCGAUUAAGAAGUCAACUAACUUCACAACAUCAUGAACCGCAUGAUCGUGUUCUAUCUAAUGACGAAUACAUAAGAUAUGGACGACAAAUGAUUGUUGAAGGCACUGGUGGUGUUGAAGGUCAAAUGAAGUUAAAGAAUGCAAAGGUUCUGGUUGUUGGGGCUGGUGGUUUGGGUUGUCCUUCGAUUCUUUAUUUGGCCGCGGCUGGUGUCGGAACAAUAGGUAUUGUUGAUGAUGAUGUUGUUGAUGUUUCAAAUCUUCAUCGUCAAAUUAUGCAUAACACGUCUAGAGUUGGAGUGUUGAAGUGUGAGUCUGCGAAAUUGACUAUUCGGGAAUUAAAUCCAUUUGUUGAGGUUGUCACACACCCUGUCAGACUUUCUUCCCAAAAUGCUUUCGAAAUAUUUUCUGGAUAUGAUAUUGUUUUAGACUGUACCGAUAAUCCGAUGCCAAGAUAUUUAAUAUCCGAUGUUGCUGUGAAUUUGGGACUGACCGUUGUGUCUGGAUCUGGUCUGGGAUCUGAAGGCCAGCUUACAAUUUACAACUUUAAGAACUUUGGGCCUUGUUAUAGAUGCUUUUACCCAAAUCCGCCUCCAGCUGGAACCGUAACUUCUUGCGAAGCUGGUGGAGUGAUUGGGCCAUGUAUAGGGACCAUUGGUGUUAUGAUGGCUUGCGAAACGUUGAAGCUUAUAUUGGAUGUUUACACAGAAGAAAACUUCUUCCCAUUUAUAAUGCAUUAUUCUGCGUUUCCUAUACAAAAAACUCGGACUUUUAAGAUGAGAGGAAGACGUGCUGGCUGCAUUUCUUGUUCCUCUGCUCGUUCGAUUACGCAGGAUGCUAUCGAAGGGGGGAUGGUGGAUUACUCUGUCCUCUGCGGGGGUCGUAACUUCGACGUGUGCUCUCCAGAGGAACGUAUUAAUGUACGUGAUUUUCACGAGCGUUAUAGUAAGUGUAAAGGAAAAGAUUUGAUAUUGAUAGAUGUCCGGCAAAGCUUGCAGUAUGCGGUCACUCAUCUGCCCAACUCUUAUAAUGUGUCUCUUAAUGAUUUGAUGUCGAUGGAAGGAGACGUUAGUAAGUUGGAGAAAGCUAUCCCAGGCAUUUCAACUUCUGAGAAGGACGUAUUUAUUAUGUGCCGUCGUGGUAAUGAGUCCAGAUUAGCUCUUCGUUUACUAAAGGACAAUUUCAAGGUUUGUAAAGUUAGGGAUAUUAUCGGCGGUUACUUUCAAUAUAUUGAAGACGGAGACCCAUCGCUGCCUCCAUAUUAG